GAGCAAAAGGCCAAGGAAGAAGCUGAGCAAAAAGCUAAGGAAGAAGCUGAACAAAAAGCUAAGGAAGAAGCUGAACAAAAGGCCAAGGAAGAAGCUGAGCAAAAAGCUAAGGAAGAAGCUGAGCAAAAAGCUAAGGAAGAAGAAGCCGAAAACAAGACCAAGGAAGAAGAAGAAGAAGCUAAAAAGGCAGCUACUGAAGAAUCCAAGUCUGAUUCUACUGAAAAGAAGGUCGAAGAACGCAUUGCUGCCAUUACAGCUGACAAGGCUGCCAGAGGUGCUCCUGGUCGUCUUGAUAUGUCUGCUAUUCCCGCUCAUGUCUUCCACGACUCUCCUGUCUCUACACCUUCGAGCCCUUCUGCUCCUAAAGUGAAGGGUCCUCCUAUGCGCAAGAUCGAAGACUUCAGCGCUAUUGAAUACCCUCCUGAAUUUUUGGCUCCUAAGCCUAGUGCAAACAACAAGAUUACUUAUGAACCUGCCUUCUUGUUGCAAUUCCAAAAGCUCUGUCUUGAGACAGACGAAGAUUUAUCCGAAUUUCAAGGUAUGGCUGCUGAACAAAGCAGCGGUAAUGAAAGACGUAGCAUGUCUCGUCGUCAAACCUCUGAACGUGGUGGUCGUGGUCCUCGUACGCCUGGCGGUGGUUCUGGUGAAGGCGGUAUGUAUAGAGGUAAUUCUCGUGAUGGUCGUGGUGAAAUGGGCAAGUUCGCUGGUGGCCGUCCCCUCUCUCAUCGUCAAGGCAGCAAUGGCCCCAACUCUCCCGGUAUGGAUCGUCAAGAUUCUCGUGGUGGCAGAAACCGUAGCAGCCGUGGUGGUAAGGACCGUCAUCCUCCUAGAGAACAACAAGGUGGACCUACCAUUCCUCUUGAUCAAGUGGCUCCCUUAGAAAAGAGUGAGAACCGUUGGGUCCCUACUGUUGUUGCUACUGACGGUGCUGCCUCUACUGCUUCAGAAAGAAAGGAGAGUGCUGAGUCUGACUUGAUUUCUCAAGACAUCAUUGCUCGUAAGAUCAAGGCUCUCUUGAACAAGUUGACACUUGAAAAGUUCGAUUCUAUCUCUAAUCAAAUUUGGGAAUUUGCCAAGCAAUCUGAAAAGGAAGACAAUGGUCUAUCUUUGAGAAAUGUCAUUCAACUUAUCUUUGACAAGGCUUGUGAUGAACCUAACUUUGCCAGCAUGUGGGCUCAAUUAUGUAAGAAGCUUUAUGACCUCACUGCAAAAGAUACCAACAUCAAGGAUGUCAAUAUCCUUGACAAGAACGGCGCAAUUGUCUCUGGUGGUCCUCUUUACCGUAAAUACCUUCUUAAUCGUUGUCAACAAGAAUUUGAAAAGGGCUGGAAGACUGAUUUACCCAAGGUUGAUGAUAACAACCCUGAUGUGAUGAUGACGGAUGAAUAUUAUGCUGCUGUCAAGGCUAAGCGUCAAGGUCUUGGUCUUGUUCAGUUCAUUGGUGAACUUUUCAAGCUUCAAAUGCUAACUGAACGUGUCAUGAUUCAAUGUUUAAUGAAGCUAUGUGCUGACCCUAAGCAUCCUGAAGACGAAGAAACAGAAACUAUGUGUAAGAUGUUGAUGACUAUUGGUAAGACCUUUGAUGCCAGUGGCAGAAAGAACAAGGAAUGGUUAGAUGCCUACUUCCAAAGAAUGCAAGAAAUGUACGAAUCCAGUACUUUGAGUUCUCGUGUCAAGUUCAUGAUCUUGGAUGUCUUUGAUCAUCGUAAGAGUAAAUGGACACUCAAGCGUGGCGGUAACCAACCUGCUCCUACCACCAUUUCACAAAUUCACGAACAAGCCAAGAAGGCUAGCGAAGAAAAAGAAAAGGAGACCAUAAAGCGUUCUGGUAGCUCUCGUGGUGGAGGUAAUCCCAUGUCCCGUCAAAGCUCUCACCGUAGUGGUGGACGUGAUAUAAUGAGACAAAACUCUUCUCGUAAUGCCAAUAAAGAAGACCAAAGUGGUAGCAAUAGUCCUGGUGCUGCUGCUACUAGUGCAGAUGGCUGGAACACUGUUGGUCCUGGUAGUCCCACUACUGCUCCUCGUUUAGGCCGCACAAAUGAACUUGCCAACUUUGGUAAGACUGACCGUAGCAAGUCUAGAAACAGUGGUGUACUUGGUCCUUCUAGCAGUCCCUUCUUUAACAACUUGUCUCGCUCUAACUCCAAGUCUGGUGUUGAUAAGAAGACCGCUUCUAAUGAUACACGUUCAUCUAGCCCUGCCACUUCCAUGUCCAACAUGUUUAGUGCUUUGGGUGGUGAAGGUCAAGAAGAAGAAACUGCUGAAAGAAAGAAGUUGCAAUUGUUACCCCGUAGUUCAGAAAAUGCUGAAGAGGCUGAAAAGUCUGAAGAAGCACUUUCUGCUACUACUGCUCCUAAAGAAGAAGAAUCUUCUAGUCCUUCUGAAGUAGAAAAGCCCAAGUUGAGUGAUGAAGUUAUUGAGCGUAGAUGUAAGGGUACAAUUGAUGAAUACUUUAGUCUUCGUGACAAGACAGAAUUAUGCGAAUGUGUCAAGGAAUUAGAUCAUACACAUUACCGUGUUGUUUUUGCCAGCAAAUUACUAGACGUUGUUGAGAAGAAGACUGAAGAUGUUGAAAUCGUGUGCGAAAUGAUUGAAGUCCUCAACAAAGAGAAACUUAUGGCCCGAGAAGAAUACGUUGCUGCCUUCAAGAAAUUCUGGGAAGGCUAUGAAGAUUUGGUUAUUGAUGUUCCCAAGGCACCAGAACAUGUCAACAAGCUUUUGGCUGCUACCGGUAUCGAGCGUUCCGAGGUCGAAUGUGAACCCAGUUAUUAAAAAUACUUUGUGUAAAAUCCUACCUAAUGCGUUAUUGCAUUUGAUAUUUUUAUGAAUCCAUGUACAUAAACAACUUUGUUUUUAUGAUUUCUAGAUCGUAUGACGAG